AUGUCAAGCUCUGGCUUUUUGCCCAAGUCUUCAGAACUAAAUCUAAGGGAACGGCGAAAGAACUUCGAUGGAGAUCAAUUGAGCGACACAGACGACAAUGAAUUGCACGAGAAGAACGAUGAAAAGCUAGUGGAAACUCACGGAGCUGAGCUCAAGAAAAGAAAGAUUGCCAAAUUUGCCAACAUGGGAGGGAUAGCCGCUAUCACAUUGCUGUCCUUUUACGUGAGAUUCAUGAAAAUAGAUGCUAGCGAUAUCGUUGUCUGGGACGAGGCGCAUUUUGGAAAGUUUGGAUCAUACUAUAUCAAGCAUGAAUUUUACCACGACGUUCAUCCACCGCUUGGAAAAAUGCUGAUAGCACUCAGCGAAUACCUUGCAGGAUUCGAUGGAAACUUUGAUUUCUCAUCAGGCGACCCCUACCCUAAUGGCGUAAACUUUAAGUUCAUGAGGCAGUUCAACGCUACGUUCGGCGCUUUGUGCGCACCCAUUAUGUUACUUUCCGCUCAGAAUUUAGGUUUCAGCACGCUGUGCUCGUACCUAUUGGGCCUCAUGGUUGCUUUGGAGCUAUCAUUCAUUUCGCUUUCGAAGUUUAUUCUUUUGGACUCGAUGCUACUAUUCUUCACUGCAACCACUUUUCACUGCAUCACUGAGGUUCAUAAGCUGCGGGGGAAACAGUUCACUAAGAAGUGGUCUCUUUGGAUGCUUCUCCUCGGGAUUUCAAUCGGAUGUGUCUGCUCUGUCAAGUGGGUGGGCCUUUUCGUAACAGUUAUCGCGGGGGUUUACACCGUUGCCGAUCUACUGUCUUACCAUUAUGAUAAAAACAUGGGUCGUUUGCGCUACUACAAACAUUGGUUCAUCCGCAUUAUUGACCUCAUCGUAAUUCCCUUCAUGAUUUACCUGUUCUGUUUCAAAAUUCACUUCACAAUCUUGAGCCGGUCUGGUACCGGCGACGCUGCCACGAACACGCUUUUCCAAGUAAACCUCGAUGGGAACAACAUUGAGGUUGGCCCAAGAGAUGUUGCUUACGGUUCUGAGCUGACCAUUCGGUCACAUGGACUUAGCCCUAAUUUGCUACACUCGCAUGUACAAUUGUAUCCAUUAGGAUCAGGACAACACCAAGUUACCGGUUAUGGCCACUCAGAUGACAAUAACAGGUGGGUUGUAAAGUUUUCAAGGGAAUCUGGCUUAAGUCUUGACAACUCCACUAUACUUGAUAGCAAGCAUCUUCUUCUAAGGGACAAUUCCGAGAUUCGCUUGGUGCACAAGAACACUCAAGCCAAUCUACAUUCCCAUGAAAUCCCUGCACAUGUGUCCAAGAACAGCUACGAAGUUUCAGGAUAUGGGGACGAAGUCAUAGGUGAUACAAAGGAUGAUUGGGUGGUGGAAAUAGUCGAACAGCUUGAUUCCUCCAACUCCUCACUGCCACAGGAAGACCCAUCUGUUUUGCAUCCCAUUUCUACAAGCUUCAGAUUGAGACAUAAAGAACUCGGGUGUUACUUGGCCACUACAGGGUUAGCAUACCCUGCAUGGGGAUUUAAGCAGGCAGAGAUUGUUUGCAAACACUCAUGGACAAAGCGCGAUAAGUCAACAUGGUGGAACGUUGAGGACCAUUGGAACCCUGCGAUGGAGAAAACUGAGGGCUAUAUCCCCCCAAAAUCCAAGUUCUGGGCUGACUUUGUCUUGAUAAAUUUUGCGAUGGCUUCUUCAAACAAUGCCCUGGUACCCGACGAAGACAAGUAUGACUCACUGGCGAGCGAAGCCUGGGAAUGGCCAAUAUUGCACGUUGGGUUACGUAUGUGCGGUUGGGGCCAUCACACAGUGAAGUAUUUCCUCAUGGGCUCACCAUUCCAGACGUGGCUCUCCACCGGCUCUCUUGUAGCCUUUGUAUUUAUUAUUCUGCGACUGGCUUACAAGUGGAGAAGACAAUCCGUUUUAGUGACUUCCGACUUCUUGAGCAAGGUUGGAAUGCAGGGAAUUUUACCAUUUUUGGCAUGGCUCUUACACUAUCUACCAUUUGUUGCUAUGGGAAGAGUUACGUAUGUGCACCAUUACGUCCCAGCGUUAUAUUUCGCAUUGUUGGUUCUCGGUUUCGUGCUUGAAACAUGCGUUCCAAAGAGGUUCUACCUGAAUUACAUUAUUUACGCCUUGCUUUAUGCAGGCUGCAUCUACAUUUACAAUCUCUUCUCACCUAUCGCACAGGGUAUGCAAGGAUCUGCGAUCGACUUUAGAUACUUGCAAUGGUUCAACACUUGGAAUAUUGCAUUAUGA